AUGAAGAUUUUUGAGAAUACCUGUGUGUUUGAUCACCCAUGGAAUAUGGUCUCUGCUGCCAAUUGGCGAAAGUAUCCCAACGAGUUCUCGUCGCACGUCAUCUCUGUCGACACACUCCGCCGUGAGGUUGACCCUUCCACUGGUGUCCUCCGCUCUGAGCGCAUUAUCGCCUGCAAGCAGUCCGCUCCUCGAUGGAUUCUGCGACUGAUUGGUGGCGAUGAGAUUAGCUUCGUUCGUGAAGUUUCCGAGGUGGAUCCGAAGAGCCAGACUGUUGUUAUGCGCUCUGUCAACCUUACAUUUGCGAAUAUCUUGAGCGUUCAGGAGACCGUCAAGUACCAUCCCGACCCUGAAUCGCCAGCCAAGACGAUCUUCGAGCAGAACGCCAACAUCAGUGCAUACGGACCUUUGCAGCGCCUGGAGAACUUUACCGUGGACAGGUUCUCUCAGAAUGCUACAAAAGGAAGGAAGGGUUUCGAGGAGGUGUUGGAGAAGGUCAGCCAGAUGCACUUCUGGAAGGACGAGGGCAAAAGGCAGGCGCAAGCGGCGUUUGCAUCGGCUUAGACUGUGAAGAAAAGCAGGACGGUGUGAUACAUGGGUUCAGUUUUGUGGAUGGACGAUAUUCCUGUUUGUUAUUGGGUUCUCAUUGGCGUUCUUGUCUUCCAGCGUUGGCGUUCAUCGGUAUACCUUCUUCUGUCGAUUAGGUACCUUCCGUGACGAUGUUACGGCCGGUUCAAAAGUCUCUUUGUUCUGUUUUCUGUUAGCUAUUCUUACUUA